ACCACGGAGACAGAGUCACAGCUCACAACCACUCUCCAUCGAGGCCCCAGUUUCAGCUUACAACCACUCUCCAUCGAGGCCCCAGUUUGCCCGGCGUCCCCGGGUUUCGGCAGCAAGGAACACGCUCUCACCGCCGGCCGGACGUGUCGCCUCGGAUCAGCGCUUUGGCCCAGUCAAAAUUUGACAAAAUAAGCACAGAAAAUUCCAAAAAUACAAGAAAAAAGCUGGGAAACCCAAAGAAAAAAUACUCCCAAAAUGACCAGAGAAUAAAAAAAGUAAAAACCAAAUCAGCCGAGCCCAUUCGAGUUCACGACUAGUAGAUUAUAAGCAGAGCAGCCCGAGGCGACGAGAUGUGGAAGUGGAAGAAGAAGCUGGGCCAUAUCCUCUCCCGUUUGCUCACCUUCAAGCCCGCCCGGCCCAGGCCCAGCCCUUCGCCUCCCCGCAUCUCGAUCCCGCCGCAAGACAUGCCAAACGGCGGCGACCGCCCGCCGGGGGGGCAGGUGUUCCCGCGCGCGGCGUCCACGGUGCUCCCGGACCCGGUCCGCUUCUUCGCGCCGGGGCUCCUCUCCGCGCCGCUCCCCACCAACUCUUUCUUCCAGAACUUCGCGCUCAACAACGGCGACCAGCCGGAGUACAUCCACCCGUACUCCGUCCGCUCCGCCGGCGCCGCGCUCACCGUCUGCUACCCGACGCGGAACCACUCCCCUGCCUUCGUCAUCCAGACCUUCGUCGCUGACCUUACCGUCUCCUCGCCUUCGGACGCCGCCGCCGGCGGGCGGCACCGCAUCGCGGCGUUCGACGACCUCUCCGUCACGCUCGACGUCUCCCCGUCCCUCCGCGCGCACCUCGUCCGCGGAUGCCCCUACGUCACUCUGACGACGGCCGAGGGGGCCGGCCCCGUGGACAUCUCCGUCGCGUCCGUCCACGCCUUCAUCGAGGUCGCGCCCUGCGGCGAGUCGGACACCAAGUGGCGCCUUCGGAUGAACAGCGGCCAGACCUUUCUCCUCUACGCGUCAGCGCCGAUCCAACUCGCGCAGGCCAGCACCACGCAGCUCUCGGCGCCCGGCUUCGCCGGCGCCAUCCGGGUCGCCUACCUGCCGGACGCGUCCACGGAGCCGGUUCUUGACCGGUACAGCGGGUGCUUCCCGAUGGCGGGGGAGGCCGCGCUGAACAGGCCGUUCUGCCUCGAGUACACCUGGCGCAAGGAGGGGCCGGGGGAGCUGCUCAUGCUCGCCCACCCGCUCCACCUCCGGCUGCUCUCCGACGACUGCCCCGUCCGGGUGCUCAACGACUUCCGGUACCGGAGCAUCGACGGCGACCUGGUCGGCGUCGUCGGCGAUUCCUGGUUCCUGAGGACCGACCCGGUGUCUCCCACAUGGCACUCGACGCGCGGCGUCAGCCAGGACGGCGUGGACGAGGUCGUGGCCGCGCUGCGCAAGGACGUGGACGGCCUCGCCUCCACGCAGAUCACCACCACCUCGUCCUACUUCUACGGGAAGGCGAUCGCCAGGGCGGCGAGGCUGGCGCUGAUCGCCGAGGAGGUCGGGUGCCCCGACGUCAUCCCGGCGGUGCAGAGUUUCUUGAAGGCCACCGUCACGCCAUGGCUGGACGGCAGCUUCCAGGGGAACGGGUUCUUCUACGACUCCAAAUGGGGCGGCCUUGUCACGCUGCAGGGGCUCAAGGACUCCGGCGCGGACUUCGGGUUCGGCAUUUACAAUGACCACCACUACCAUCUGGGGUACUUCCUAUACGCCAUUGCUGUGCUCGCCAAGAUCGACCCGUGCUGGGGGAGGGAGUACAUGCUUCAGGCCUACUCCAUGGUCGCCGAUUUCAUGACAUUGUCGCGCAAGGCUGGCUCAAGCUUCACCAGGCUGCGGAUGUUCGACCUCUGGAAGCUUCACUCCUGGGCCGGCGGACUCACAGAGUUCGCCGACGGGCGCAACCAGGAGAGCACAAGCGAGGCCGUGAACGCCUACUACUCAGCCGCGCUCCUCGGCCUGAGCUACGGCGACACGCACCUCAUCUCUGUCGGCACGACACUGACUGCGUUCGAGAUGCUGGCGGCGCAGACGUGGUGGCACGUCCGGGAGGGCGAGGGCAUCUACGAGGACGACUUCAGCGGCAACAACCGCGUCAUGGGCGUGCUGUGGGCGAACAAGCGCGACAGCGGGCUCUGGUUCGCGCCGCCGGAGUGGAAGGAGUGCAGGCUGGGCAUCCAGCUCCUGCCGGUCCUGCCGAUCAGCGAGGCCCUGUUCCCGGACACCGCUUUCGUGAAGGACCUGGUGAGCUGGACCAUGCCGGCAUUAUCGAGGGACGGCGUCGGCGAGGGGUGGAAGGGCUUCGUGUACGCGCUUGAGGGGAUCUACAACAAGGAGUCGGCGCUGGCCAAGACCCGGGCGCUCACGGGCUACGACGACGGCAACUCGCUGACGAACCUGCUGUGGUGGCUCCACAGCCGCAGGAGCGUCGUCGGCGAUGGCGCUGCCGGGUUCGGCCGGUGCUGCUGGUACCGCCAGUACUGCCAUUGAGGGCGUGGUUCUUCGUUGUGGUUUACGCACACAUCACGAUGCUACACUUUGAUGCCGUUUUACUUGAAUAAAAGUGGUUAUUACCGUGA